AUGAGUUCGUCCACGAUCGUCGAGGACGACACCGAGAAGGAAGUCCAAGUCAACCGCAACUCUCCCGCAACCAGACUGGUGCCCGUACGGACGCAGUCUUCUCUCGAUCAAGCUCUGGACGCCGAAGCCAACAUCGACAUUGACGCCGACAAAGAGCCUUCCUUUCCCACUGACGAGGCCGCAAAUGCACACGACGACCCCGGGGCUCCUCCCGACGGAGGAUUUCGAGCCUGGCUCCAAGUCCUGGGGUCAUUCUUUCUCUUCUUCAACAGCUGGGGAACCGUCAACGCAUUCGGCGUGUUUCAGACAUACUACGAGAACAACCCGCUCUGGCACCAGACGCCCAGCAACAUUUCGUGGAUCGGAUCCAUUCAGGCGUUUCUCCUCCUGAUGAUCGGGGUCGUGACUGGCCCGGCCUACGACGCAGGGUAUUUCCGGGCCCUGAUCAUCUCCGGCGCGACGCUGAUCCCAUUCGGGUUCAUGAUGACCUCCCUCGCCAAAGAGUACUGGCAGACGAUGCUGGCGCAGGCGUUCUGCAUCGGACUGGGCAACGGAUGUCUGUUCAUCCCAUCAGUGGCGAUCCUGCCGCAGUACUUCUCGAGCAAGAAGGCGCUGGCCAGCGGGAUUGCAGCCUCAGGCUCGUCCUUCGGCGGCGUCAUCUUCCCGAUCGUGUUCCGCCGCGUCGAGCAGCAGCUGGGGUUCGGCUGGGCGACGCGCAUCCUGGGCUUCCUGUCGCUGGCCACGGUCUGGUUCUCGGUGCUGGUGAUGCGGCCGCGCGCCACGCCCACGCACAAACGCCAUCUGACCGACUUCGCGGCCUUCAAGGAACUGCCGUACACGCUGUUCUGCGUCGCCAUGUUCUUCGCCUUCAUCGGCUUCUACGGACCCGUGUACUAUAUCCAGCAGUACGCCAUCCAGAAGCGCAUCACCUCCGUCGAUCUGGGCUUUUACCUUCUUCCGAUCCUCAACGCCGCCAGUAUCCCCGGCCGCAUCGUGCCGAAUUACAUCGCCGACCUGGCCGGCCCGUUGAACGUCUUGAUCCCCUGUACUGUCGUCACCGCCAUGCUGGCUAUUGUCUGGAUGGCCGUCCACAGUCUCGCCGGCAUCGUCGUCUUUGUCAUUGUCUAUGGUCUCUCUUCUGGCGCCAUUGUGUCCAUGCCGCCUGUCGCUGUCGUCUCCUUGACCAAAGACAUGCGCAAGCUGGGUACCCGCAUGGGCCAGUGUUUCUUCAUUAGCGCUUUUGGGUUGUUGGUCGGCACCCCGGUCUCGGGCGCCAUCUUGAACAACACCGGCAGUUGGUUGGGCGUGCAGCUGUUCAGCGGCGUCGCCAUUUUCAUCACCGCCUUCUUGUUGGUCUGGGCUAGAAUCAGUGCAGCGGGGGUGGCUUUGAAGAGAAAAGCUUGA